AUGAUUUUGCUGACUCGUAUGAUAUUGCAUUUGCUCUCCUUGAAUGUCAAGAGCCAGGCCUUCGGCCAAGUUCUCUUCGUCAGCCGCAGUUCGAAUGACGCGCCAGCGUUUUAUAUCAUCGGCAACCAUGGCGACACUGCAAGCAAGCUCACUGACGCAAUAUUUGAUGUAAACAAUGAACAAGGUAAGGCCGAGGAAGGGGCCUUGGGGAAAACCACUCUCAACCACAACCUUGGUCGAAUGCUUGUCGCUGAUAUGGACAGUUUUCGAGCGGUCUAUUAG